AUGGGCAAAUCUAUCAACGCGAAGGCAUCCUCGGCGAUGACAAAAAAGUCGGGCGUGUCUAAGAUGAAAACGACCCCUGUGGCUAAAAAGUCCGUCAAGAAACGAGUGGAAAUUGACCUACAACAGCCUAAAGACAGGGAUCCCAUCAAUUCCAAGAUGGUCUCUGCAACCCAAACUGAUGAGAAGCGUGUUAUCGACGACAAUGAAGCGCAACGCAUGGCUGAUGAGAUUGAGGCGAAACGAAUCGCCGAACGAGAAGCUCGCAGGAGUGGACAUUACGACAGCAUUGUUCCAAACCUGUCGGAGUGGUGGAUGAAGAAUUUAUAUUCAGGAGAUGCUGUCGACGAAGCAUUGGAACGUCAUGACCGUAUCCAUACGGGUAACGCGCUUUUUAUGGCGUGGGAAGAACGUUUUCCUGCUGCUUGGAACCAACCCUGCCUCCGGUAUGACGAUCCAUUUAACGACAAUACCGGGACAACAACUUGUGAAGAUCGUUUCUCUCGCAUUUUCACAUCGAUGAAUUCGGAUAAUAGUCAAUUGACACAGUACCUAAUUGCGGCAUUUGAUACUGAAACGAUGGAAGUGAAUCCGUCUGAAGAAAUCUGGUCUUUACGUAUUUUGGCUAUGCGGAUUUCCUUACAAAAUCCGUUUUCCUUUUUCGGUAUUGAUGAGUUUGAGGGCAAACCGGACGACAACCAUUUCUUUUCCGGCGAAAUGUCCAAUCCAUGGCUACGCUUGGAGCAUCCCUUGGUGGGCUUUUGGUUAAUUUGCUCCGAGUUGUUUGAUUAUCCUUGGAUUAAUGAGUUUCUGUUGGAGUAUUACGACAACCCACCAUCCGCAAUUGUCGACGCAAUCAAACAAACAAGAAGGGGCAAGUCUAUCAACAAUGCUCCAAAUCGAGAAUCAGUGAAGGAACCGGAUCCGCCUCGUAUCCAAAAAAUAUACGAUCCGAUGUAUU